GUUUGGAGAGUCCCGGGCACUCGGAGAAUCCGGGUAGCCCCGGCUGGAGCCAUGUCCUGGAACCUGCGCACUGCUCUCAUUUUCGGUGGCUUCAUCUCCCUGAUCUGCGCCGCCUUCUACCCCAUCUACUUCCGGCCCUUAAUGUGGCUGGAGGAGUACAAGAAGGAACAAGCCAUUAAUCGAGCUGGUAUUGUUCAAGAAGACGUGCAGCCACCAGGGUUGAAAGUGUGGUUGGAUCCAUUUGGCCGGAAAUGAGAAG